AUGGAAAGCUCGGAGCUGCGCCGCCUCGGCUUGGCUGCAGCUUUUGAUCACGAGCCGCUACUGCUGCAAAAGCCUGCUGUGCGCAUUCGCCGACGGAGGCCACUUCCCUUCGACUUCCAAGUGAUCCCGGAUGUGCAGGCCCGGGACACUUGGAGAAGACUACGGCUAGCAAGCUGGAAUGUCCUCGCGCAGAGCUACUCCCUUCAAAAAUCCUUCCCGGAUGUGAAGCCAGAAUGGCUGAGAUUUGGACACCGGCUGCCACUCUUGAGAGAUGCGCUGGUGGACCUCGAAGCUGAUGUUCUGUGCCUCCAGGAGGUUGAGCCGCUGAAAGACUGGCAGCCACUCCUGGAAGGUCUGGGCUACGAGGUGAUCUAUGCACAGAGACCCGCACGCGCUGACGGAUGCGUUGUUGCCUUCCUGAAAAGCGAUUUCAGGUGCCGGCAGCAGCUGGUGGUCGAUUUCGACUCACUCCUCGAGAUGGAUCUUCCACCAGCGGUGAUUGCGAGAUUUGCUCGAAAAAACAUCGCUUUGAUCGUCGAGCUGGAGGACUUGCGCACGAAUCUCACUUUCCUGAUUGCCACGACUCAUCUCUACUGGGGCAGCGAGCAUGACGACGUCAGGGCAUGGCAGCUCGCAUCUAUGCUGGAGGCCGUUGAGCGAAGCUUCGGAACAUCGAAGCCCCUGGCGUUCUGUGGAGACCUGAACUCUCAUCCCUGGGGCAUGGGCUGCCAGCUGCUGCGCAACGGCGUGAUAGAGGUUCCACGCAAGUUCCGCAAGGUGGAGCGCUUCAUCGUAGACCGCGACAUCUCAAAGGCUGCAAAACCCUUGCGGCUUCUGGGCUUGGAUGUCUUGGUCGAGAAAGAGCCUGAGCGUGAGGAGCGUCCCUCCGAGGUUUGCCAUAACCAACGGGCCAAAGUGCUCAUUGUGGCCCGUGCUGCGCGCGAAGACCGUGUGCUGGUGUCGGCGUCAAAGAAGUUGGUUGCGCGCGCUGAUGCCGCGUUAGCGUACUUCCUGGAUGCCCGGGAUUUCGACAAGGCCUUGGCACGGCUGUGCCUCGAUCUGUCUGUCGACGUUAGCCCGGAAAGAUUCUUCACCCGCUGCGUGAAAUGCAACGGGCGGGUCUGCCCCCUUGCCGAGACCGACAAGGAGAGAGACCGGGCUAUGGCAUUUGGUGCUCCGAUCGAUCCGGCAAUUCCUUUGUUUACAUGCAGCACCUGUGGACAAGUCUAUUGGUGGUCGAAGGACCAAGGAAGCGCUUCAGCGCGAGCCAGGCGACAGGUCGACAGGCUUGUGGAGAUGGUGGAGGAGCUCCGUCAGACAGGUCAGUCCAACUCCCUUGACGGAGAGGGCACUCCAGCCGAGCGCUUCUUGCGAGACGGGGGUGGCAGGCUGGAGCAGAAAUGGCACCUGAGAUCGGCCUACGAGGACGUGGAGCCGCAAAGCAGUGCCGAGACGAAAGUGAUCAGCAAUUCGAAGUAUGGCUUUUGCGGCUGCAUCGACUACAUUUGGCUGAGCCCGGACUUCCAGAAGUGCCGCCUGCGCCGGCUGCGGCUGCCGAAGCGGGAGGAGCUCGAGCUCCCCAUGGGCGUGCAGCAGGCUGGGCCACUGCCAUCACUGGUCUGCUGGUCGUGGCCUUCUGACCACUGGCCAUUGGCCAUAGAUUUAGAAGUCUCUGCUAUGCCAUCGAGCAAAAAGUCGCUGGUCAGUGGUAGUGUCAGUGGUAGUUGA